UGUUGUAUGGGCAGUUUUGAUGGAAUUAAAAGAAGUGGUGGAACUAGCAUUGUGCCCAUCUUUUACUGAUGAAACCUUGGAUUAUUUUGUGUGCAAAAUCAGCGAUCACAGACAGAUACUGCAAGAGGUUUUCCCUCACUUUAGGCUGCGUCCUAAACACCACUAUGUGGAACAUUACCCCAACCUUGUUAAGUGCUUUGGACCCCUAGUACAUGUUUGGACGAUGCGAUUCGAGGCCAAACAUCGCUUCUUCAAAAGAGUGGUCCAUGACUCUCAAAACUUCAAAAAUAUAUUGAAAACACUCGCAAUCAGUCACCAGCACAUGAUGGCAUAUCAUCUUGGUGCACCCUCAUUUUUCAAGCCGAAAACCCAAACAUCCAGUGUUGAAACUGUCUGGGUUUCUGCUCUACCAGAGGUAGCUCAGGCUCACAUUAGAGGACUUACUGCUAAUGAUACUGUCUACCAUACAUCAAAGGUGAUAAUUGAUGGCAUCGACUAUAUCAGUGGAAUGUUUGUGUCAGUUGGAGUUAGUGGGGGACUGUCUAAAUUUUGCAAACUAGAACAGAUCUACCUUGUGAAUCAGAAUGUUUCUUUUCUCUGUUGUGAUUUUGACUCCUGGUAUGUAGAACAUCUUCGGUCUUAUGAGCUUUCAGCCACACAUUGCCUGUCCAUCCACCAGCAAUCUGAUUUCAAUGAUUCUGUCCCACUCUCUGCAUACCAAAUAGAAGGAUUGCUGCUGUUGACUCCGAAGAGGUUCCUACAAGUGAGACAGAAUUGAGACUACUCAUUGUGCAAUGGCAGCUGAACCUUCAGAAAUGAUCCUCCGUGUCAUUGAGGCAGACCGUGUUAUAAAAUUAAAACUCAGCUCCCGGCCUAGCUCUGUUGACCAACUAAUCAACAUUUUGAAACACAAACUAGAAUUGGACAAUGACUUUAGCUUACACUAUGAAGAUCCAGAUUUUGAUGGGAAACUCACUUCACUAGUGGACAUUAACGAGUUGCCACAAAAAGCUGUUGUGCAUAUUUCCCUUUCAAAUGAUUCCAGCUCUGUUGCAUCAGCUGAAACACUCUCAGACAUGUCAACACCGGAACGUCUUAGCAGAUGGCCUUCAGGUCCUUUUCCGAUUCCAUCAUUUUCAUUUGUUGUUGAGGUAAUGCUUACAGAAGGCAAUAGGGAAUUUGAGAAAAAUGGAACCCCUCUUCGGCUGGCUAGAGACCAAAAGCAUGACAUUCUUGAGCAACUUGCUUCUACGAUAUAUGGUUUUAAGGCUUACCCAAGUGACAAAGAGUUAGCUAAGGCAGCUGAAGCUCUUGUGGCCAAACAUCCAUGUUUGAAGGAAGCAGGAUCUGACACUGGAUGGAAUGGCUGGAAAAACAGCAUCAAGUUUAAAAUGGGUAACUACAGGACCAAGAUGAGAAGGGUCGGCUGUAAAGAGGUCACCGUAAAUGCUGGAAAAAGAAGCCGAAGAAACCCUGACAAUGAACCUUCACACACUAACAUCAAAAGACCCAAGCGGGCAGAAGUUAACUUUCUGCCAAACUUUCCCCAAGGAGAAGAUUCCUCAAGUCUCGAACAUUUGAGGGAUCUUAUUGUUGAAGAAGUAAAGAAGACUGAAAGAAACCUUCCUCUCAUUAGUAAGAUGAUGCAGACCACAUUCGCCUUGCGGCGACAGACAAUAGUGAUGUCCUGCCCACCAGUGAAACAGCUCUUGGACCUGUGGCCUGCUCUUCGCAUGCAGUCUGAGGUGUUUGCAGAGUUCCAGCGGAUAACUAACCAGAACCUGUCUAACACAUUCUAUGCCGAACUUGAUCGCCACACUCCUCGUUUGAUGGCUUUAUUCCGACAAAAGGCUUCUAGAACUGGAAAGAAUGCAGAUGCUUUGGCUGACAUUUUCAAAGUCCAUGAUGAACAGGUAUUACAUGAUAUCCACUCAAGGCGUACCACUGUUCUCCAUGCCCUUCCUGUGUAUCUGCGUGAAGAUACCUCCGGAUUUUUCCAAACAUGUGUGGAUGGUUUGGAUGAGCCAGGUUUUGGGGAUGCGUCAGUUGCUCUCCUUACAACAAUCAGCGACAAUUCAAUGAGUCGAGUUCACUACCAACCAGAGAAAAUCUCAGUUGUCCUAGAGGGUGAAGUGGUGGCCACCCUCCCGAGACUCGCUGAUGCCUUUCUGGUAAUGUUCGGCCUUACCUAUGCACUAAAUCUCAGCUAUCCCAAAGGACUGACCAACACCUUUGAAUUUGCUCAGAAAAUUUUACUUGGUCUGGAAGAAUGUAAAUUGUCACCCAGACUGCAGUCGCUGAAGAAUGACUUGAUGGGACAUGUGUAG